UCCGUUUGGAUAUUGUUUUUAUAUGGGAUUCAAAGCCAGUGAGGCAGUGAAAAGUGUAUUUAAUAUAAUACUGAUACCCUCAUAAUAGACUUUAAGUGGUUUUAUGGUGCGUUGUUUUUAUUUUUUUUUUGUGUUUAUUUUAUGUUAGCGAGCAGGAACAUUCUUGAAAUAGUCCGUGACCUCUGGAUACAAACUUAGGACCUUUUAUUAGAUGGUUUAUAGAAUACUUUGUUUGCGCUCUUGCUGCCGUGCCCCUGUGCGUAUUUGUACACUGAUCAUAACUUCUUCGGACGUUGGGAAUGAAAGGGGCGUUGUCAGCCACACUGACCGUGUGUGUCCGUGUGUGUCCGUGUGUGUUACUGACACUUUCGUGAGUGCAGUGGAUAAGUGUUAGUGCGUUACGAGGCAACGCGUAACGGUUAUUUUUUUCCAGUGGACUGAGGGAAAGUUUCCGUUUCCUCAUAUCUUCUAUACUCCCCAUUAGACGUUUAGCUGAACUUAACGUGCCCUGAUCCAUAUGCUAACAUUUAAUUCAAAUCAUAUUCCCGUGGACUCUUGCCUUGAUAUCGCUUUCUAGAACAUUUCUGGAAAAUUGCUUGUUUGCGCAGUCUGUUCAUUUUGGAUUCGUUUCAUGAUGCGCUAUUAAACCUAAACAGAAUCAGAUCGUCGGUGUAAAUCAGACUCCUUUCAUAUGAGGCAUCUUGAUCCACCCUUGACUAUCAGCCUGCAAAGCAGCCAUCCAGCAGGAUCACCACCCAGAGACACACACUGAAGCAGCCUGCAGAUAUUUACCUGGCCUGACCAACGGGCAACAAGCAGCUGUCAAGUUAAUCAGACUGGGCAGCCAUGUUGAUCAUCUUAAUCCUCAUCAUCAUCUUCCAUCUGGCUGGAGCCGUCCUGCUUUUUGCUGCAACCAUUCACAAUGCAUGGUGGGUGGUGUCACCGGCCGGAGCUGAUGCGAUCUACUCGGACCUGUGGUACUCGUGUAAUGCCACCUGCUACCCUUUGGAGAACAGCCAUACUGCCGAUGCCGGCUACCUGCAGGCGGUCCAGGCUACCAUAAUCCUGGCCACAAUUUUAUGUUGUGUUAGCUUCGUCAUCUUUAUACUUCAGCUCUUCAGGCUCAAACAGGGAGAGAGAUUCAUUUUCACCGCUGUAAUUCAGCUGUUGGCCUCUCUAUGUCUGAUGAUCGCAGUAUCCAUCUACACGGCUCAGCAUACGAGCUUUCAUGUAGCCAGUCUUCAGGACGGUUCCUUUGGCUCCUCCUACGUCCUGGCCUGGAUCAGCUUCGCCAUGACUCUCAUCAGUGGCUCCAUGUACCUGGUGCUCAGGAAGCGCAAAUAAAUGUGCACAAGCGCGCAUAUAUUCAAAUAUGGCCUAGCAGUAGGAACACAUUUCCUCAACAAGCAUGCCACAUUCUAUUUCUAAUCCUCGAUUUUUUACUGUUCCAUUGGAGAUAGGAAAUAUGCCAGAAGUGUCAAAUUUAUUUUUUUUUAAGUCUCAAGUUCAGGGCCAGACACACUAAUAAAGCAUUCAGCAACACAUUUUUGUCCACUUUACAUACACAAAUCCUCAAAUUGUCACACAUCCUCUUGCUGACGGUACAUUGUUCUCACUGAAUAUGGCAAAGAUGCGUUAGGACUCCUCAGGCUCCCACCGUGUUCAGCUGUGAGCCACUAUAUUGUGUUUAAGGUGGGAAAUACACUAUGUAUGUCCUGAGUGUCCAUUUAUAUUUGACCAGAAAUGCCUAGUUUGGAAUGUGCAAACUGAUUUUUGCCACCUCCUGUGAUCAGUAGGUCCAUUUGCAUUUGAUCGAGGUCAGAUCUCCUCCAUGCAAAUGCACCAGAGCGCAUACAUCUUGCUGAAUCCAUCACUCAUUCGUUCACUCAUUGCUCUGCAUAGAAGAUAAGUAAAAGAGCUGAGACUCAUUGCUGUGUUUGGUGAGAACAUACCUUCACUAUUCUCUCUCUUUUCCCCUCAGACUUCACACAUUACACAAGCUCUGUUCCAACACCCUGGUUCCCUCCCAAACCGUUCACUGGAGCUUGUUUAAAAUAUCUGAUCACAAAAGUUGAAGAAGAUAAGUGGGGAGAUCUGCCUUACAGAGCCAUAGCCCCUGGACUUUCCAAAGGAGUCUCUUUUUUUGUGAAGCUAUAGAAACAGAAUUGAAUCUGCACACAUUUACAGUGUAUGUAUAACUUAGGUAACUGUCACAAAUGUAUUUCUAAGACUGAAAGAAGAAAAAAUGAAUAUCUUAAUCGUAGCAUACAUGAAGUAUAGUGAAGCAAUAGUUGAAGUUUAAUAUGUAGGAAUAUAAAGUGCAGUUAGUAUCCCCACUGUAUGUUACUGACUUUGAUGAAAAAGGAACCAAUGGUGUGCUGUGAUGUUUGGGAUUUACAAACUUUAAAUAAGAAUGAACAUUUCUUUGUUGUUAUUGUUUUUUUGUUCACAGCUUCAUUGAAAAAAGACAAAAGCUAUUUAUUGUUUAAAACCACUGUUGUUUAAUUUACCACGUGACUGAGGAUGUAUUGAGAUUUUAAGUCUUUCUGUAUCUUUCCCUCUGUGGCCAGGCUGCUGUUUAUGUGGUUCAUUACUUCCCAAAAUGGCUUCUGACUGCAGCUGCUUUUCUUUUCCUCUUUUGUGGUGUUGGUUUUGGGGUGGACAGUGGUUGGUUUUGGGGUGGAGACCAGCUGGGUGGUAACGUGCUGCCUGCUAGGACCUGAGACAUACAGUAAUGCAAAGUAACACUGAGAGGUAAAGUGUUGUUUGAGCACAGAGCCCCGUAAUAUACAUGGUCACCAAACAUGAAGAAUCAGGGAAAUAAAAUGGAAGUGAUGGAAGAUACUGCACCGCAAAUCUGAAGGUAAUACUUGAAAAUGAUCAAAACAUCACACUGGAGGCCAAGAUUACAAUGUUUGUUGUUCAUGCAUUUGUGGAGUGUUCAGCUUGAGUGUUUCACUAAAUCGUAAGCCUCCUGUUUGUCUUUCAGCAAAUCCCUUAAACUCCCGGUAACACCGGCUAGAAAAGAAGAUUUUUUGUGAAACACUUUAUUGUGAAAAGAGUGGGACAACUCAGUGUAACUUUAAGAUUUAAAAGACCAAACUAAAUUUUGAAUAAACAAAUUAAAUUCAACAUAUAUUUGUUACAUCUCCUUUGUAGAUAUUAAAGUUUGUCCAGAGCAAACUCUCUUAAGAGUUGACAUGUUUCAAUGUGGAAAUGUUCUGGUUGUGAUAAUCUUGUAGAGUGUUUUAUGUCAGUGUAGAUGUACUGUAGCUUAUUUAGUGUAGAUAUAUACAAAUAACAAGGUCAUACUGACAAAUAAUUACAUUGGUUAAGUUGUUGACACCAAGACUGUAUUUACAGGGAUUUAUUUUUUAAACAUUAUGUGCAGUCGAUACGUUUCUAAUGCUUAAUUCCACAUUGAAUGAGAGUCUCAUGAUUCUUUAGAAUGGAGAUGUUGAAAUGUCAGUGUUUUAGCAACAGUUUCUUUUCUGGCAUAGGAUUCGUCUAGAAGUUUGGUGUCUGGCUUACAGUGUCUGCCAUGGUAAACAGUAUUUCUGCUGGUUACAGCCUAUUUAGCUUUUACUCUUUAGGCAAAUCAAAGUACAACAGGCUAUUUAUUUUGAUGUUGCAACAUCAGUGGCAGCUCAUGAUCUGUAAGAUGGUUUUUCACUCAUCCAACUGAAAUGUUUGCAGUGAUACCCAGUGGACUGAUAGAAAACUACACCGUGUGAAUGUGUAAGGUUUGUAGCUCCAGGCUACAGAGAAAAAAAAAAACUGCUGCAACCUCUUGUCAAAA